GGAAAUGAAAAUUAGGUGCAUCUCUGGAAAUCAAUCUUUGUCCUGCAAGUGUUUCUACAGGAUGGGAAGCAAUCCAGAGUUACCUAUCAAAAAGAUUUCCUUAUAAGUGCUGUACCUCUUCUCCAGGUGACUGAAGAGGCUGAAUCACCAAGACACAAACAGAAAGCCUCCAAGGAGGAGGGGCAAAAAGACAAAGGAUUUAUAUUUCCUCAUGAUGAAUGCAAUCCUAACCUCACUGGCCAUACUCUAAACUUCACCUGGAAAAAGCAAAAAGGUAAAAAUGAAAAGAAAAAGAAAAAAAAAAAGAUAACAGGAAAGAGAACCCAAUAUAAUCCAGUAUUUUGAUAUUAUAGCUUUGUUAUGCUGGCAAGAGCUGUUGUGAAUGGGGGAACCAUUGAAGGCAGUGAAAGGUUGUAUUUUUAUAGUAUAGGAGUGCAUGCUUUUUAAUUAGUGGGAAAUUGCUUUUAAGACAGACUUUGGUGAUUAUGUUCGUGUAUCUGAAUCUUGUUGAUUUCAUGUAAAUUUGAAGCCAUGUAAAAAAAAAAUUAGCCCUUACUUCUUGAGUAACUAGUGUAAAGUCCUGGAUUUGGAGUCAGAAGACCAAAGUUUGGAUCCUAGCUCUCCAACAUACUUAACCACCUGUGCUCCUUCAGACAACUGGGUUUAAAAUGAACUCUCUCAGCACAGCUAAUGUUGAAUUUUGCUUGGAUGUUUUUAAAGAACUAAGUAGCAACCAUGUAGCGGAAAAUGUCUUCUUUUCCCCUUUGAGUUUGCUCUAUGCCCUGAGUAUGCUUCUCCUGGGUGCCCGAGGCAACAGUGCAGCACAAAUGGGAAAGGUGCUACACUUUAGUUAUGGGGAAAGAUCAUCAAAUCCAGAGCUUGAGAAAUCUUCUAAGUGUGGCCUAACUGGAAGGAUACAUUCAGAGUUUCCAGUACUAUUAUCCAAAAUCAGCCAGUCGGAUAGUAAUUACACACUCAGCAUUGCCAACAAGCUCUAUGGUGCAAAGAACAUUAAAUUUCAUCCGCAAUAUUUAAGUUGUUCAGAAGAACUAUACCAAUCUGAGCUACAGACUGUAGAUUUUAAGCAUGCUCCAGAGGAAGUCAGGCAAACAAUUAAUGCUUGGGUUGAAAGUAAGACAAACGGAAAAAUCAAGGACCUGUUUAGUAAAGGAACAAUUGAUACUUCUUCCAUCAUGGUCCUGGUGAAUGCCAUCUACUUUAAAGGACAAUGGCAGAAUAAAUUUCAGGAAGAAGAGACAAUUAAAAUGCCCUUUAAGCUAAGAGAGGGUAAGAGUGUACCUGUGCAGAUGAUGCAACAAAGUGGAACAUUUAAAGUGGCUCUCAUAAAGAAACCUCAUAUGAAAGUCAUAGAGCUUCCAUAUGCUAGUAGAAAUCUAAGCAUGUUUGUACUUCUUCCAGAAGACACAGAGCAGAUAGAAAAGAUUGAAAAGCAACUCAACUUGAAGACAUUCAAACAAUGGACCAGUUCUUUGAUGAUAGAGAAAGAAGUUGAUGUUUACCUUCCCCGAUUCAAACUUGGAAUUAAAUAUGAGUUAAAUUCUUUAUUAAAAACACUAGGAAUAAGAGAUAUUUUUGACCCUUUAAAAGCUGACCUUUCUGGACUAUCUCCAAGUAGAGACUUAUUUUUAUCAAAAGUUAUCCAUAAAUCCUUUAUAGAUGUUAAUGAAGAGGGCACAGAGGCAUCUGCAGCAACUGGGGAUGUUGUUGUUGAAAAGAGACUUCCCAUUAGGAUCAGGUUCUUGGCUGAUCACCCCUUUCUUUUCUUCAUAAAGCACAUUAAAACCAAUACAAUUAUUUUCUGUGGAAGAUUCUCCUCUCCAUAAACAAGGAGGUGAUGGUAGUAUCAGUCAGGGCUAGAUGUAUCUGCAAAGGCAUAAGGAUAAUUAUCAUGCUUCUACUACAUGGGAAGAGAAUCAUAAGAUUACAAAACAUUUGUAUAUCACCUUUUUUUUUUCAUUCUUCCCUUCUUUAGUGCUUACUUGACUAUCUUCAGUAGUGACAUUGUCAAAGAAAUAAGGUUAAUUUAAAGCAUGUAUUUUUUUUUCAGCUGGACAUCUUGAUGAGAUUUUGCAUAAAUCUAAAUAACUAAAAACCACAAUCCUAGAGAGAAAACUUAACUCUGUUCCAGAAAAAAAAAUCACUAAGUAUCUAUUAUGUUAUGGGUAUUAGGACUACACAGGUGAAGUAGUUUACAUUGUUCUUUCAAAGCAAGCUAGCAGGGAGAUUGAGGUCUGGAAAUCUCCUUUUGAAAUUGGCAUUCAUGUGUAAAGAUGAUAUUGUUUUGGUUCAAAAAUGUCAUGCUGAUAAUUAAUAAAAGAAUGAACUAAGUAUUAAUUCCUGUGAUAACUUUUAAUUCCUGGAAGAAUAAAAUAUAAAAGGAACUUUGAAAAUGUUAA